AUGAGCAAUGAUACGCGCCAACCCUCCGGGGCUCAUAGCAGGGCAAAGCGACGACUGACGAAUGCCGACGAAGAUGGCAGACAUAUGGCUGCGGACGACAGUACGGCUCAGACAAAACGACAGCGCGUGUCGCGCGCUUGUGAUAGUUGUCGCUCCAAGAAAGAUAAAUGUGACGGAGUGCAGCCAGUGUGCUCCACUUGCGCGUCCUUGUGUCGGCCUUGUACCUACAAGACCAACCCGAAAAAGCGCGGCUUGCCGACGGGUUACAUUCGCACGUUGGAACUGCUUUAUGGACUUAUCUUCUGCAAGAUUCAUGGUAGCGAGGAGGUGGUGCGUACCCUGCUUAAAACGUCCAACAUGCCGAGUCACUUGGCCACCAUGGGAAAAGAGACAGAAGGCUCCGAUACUCUCGUGUCGUCGUGGAAAAACAGUAGUGUUCUCAAAGAGAUUGAAAGGAUGUUGACACUUUUGGACCAACCGGAAGAGGAACAGGACAAGAUCGAUAGAGCAGUUGAAGAGAAUGGUUCUCCAAGAGAAGCUGAGGGUAGCAGAGUUCAUACAGUGGAUACUCUCGAAUGGCAGUUACCAGAAGGCCUCACAGAUGGGCAAGAGGAGUCAAUAGCAACUGGCGUAUCUCCUGUCAAAACACCCUCAAUGACCCGAGCUGCUAGGAGUCUUCCAAUUCGCGCCACAAAGGAUAGCAGCACUCAGACUCUCUUGCUUUCAGCUACCGCGCCCGCCUCUGCCUCCGACCAACAAUCACAACUUGCACCCGCAAACCCCCUUCCUUUACCUUCGAAUGUGUGGAUGCUUCUUGAUAUAUACUUCUCCUAUACGCAAUGCUGGUUUCCUAUCCUGGAGAAACAUGAUAUACUUCGAACAGCAUUCCGACAAUUUGAAGACAGGGUGCAAAUUUCCCCUCUUGUCGCCGGAUCUGGAGAUUAUGCAGCAUUGUGGGCAGUCCUGACGCUGGCAUCCAUGCAGGAGGCAUCCUUACACGUCCCUCGUCAGAACCCAGAACAUGCAACUGGUCGGCCUAAUGCUAGCCAUUUCUACGCCACUGCAAAAGGGUUGAUGCCCUCGGAGAAUGGUAUCCAUGAGAUUGGACAUGUGCAGGCGCUCUUGAUAUUGUCUCUUGUCAACCUCGGUCAACAGAAGUGGACCGCUGCAUGGCUGCUGGUUGGACAAGCAAUCCGAAUUGCGCGUUGUCUCGGACUAGAUUCAACGAACCAAACCGAUGGUGUAAAGGACGGGAAGUCCUCGGCACGCUCGAAACAUGUCUUUCUGGGUUGCUUUGUCCUCGAGACCCUCAUUGCUACAAAGACGGGACAGGCUCCAUCACUACGCAAGGAAGACCUAGCAGAGAUUGCUCCAGUCAACGAAGAUGGCUUGGAGGAAUGGCAUCCCUGGGAGGACCAGACCGGUCUUCGACCGCCAGGUUCGGCGCGUGGAUCGUCUCAUCGAGGACCGCUCCAUGCGCUAAGCACAUUCAACCGUUUGGUUUCGCUGAUGUGCAUCCUGAAUGAGAUAUGCUGUAUGAGACAGUCGCAAGCAACCCCCACUGCACAACUUGAGACGCUUGAACGCCAGUUACAACAUUGGAUUUCUGCAGUGCCCGGAAGUUAUCGUGCUGACCUGCAAAAUCCCACAAAGAUUGCGCCACCUCACAUAUUUGGCCUUGAGAUGAUGUAUGAGAGUACUGUCGCUACCUUGUCUACUGUCCAAGACCGCGGAAGGCCUAUGCCAGAAUCACCGUACUGGAUUCGCGCGACCGAGAGCCUGAAGAUACUCCUGCUACUGCUGCAGAAAUAUAUGGAGACGUAUAGUCUGGCAGCAACCAGUCCGAUAUUUGGACUGUUCCUGACUAUUGGUAUUUCCGCGCUGGGCGAGAGACACAAUGUGCCCGUGCCAUUCGAACCUGAGCUUGGCCUGAAGAGUAAAUUAGAAGCAUUCUCCGCGCACCUUUCUACCGUAUGGUCGCAAGGGCAAACAACAGAGCCUGCUUUAACAAAUACAUCGAUAUCAGCAGCCACAGCGGCCCGGCUGAGCAAUGUCUCCAGGAACAACACGCUGUCCGAGAGCAGAGCCAACAUUCCAGACUCGUUGUCGCACCAUGCCUUGCAUACAUUGGACAGCGAUGCACAGCGGAUGAGCGGGUUGGAUGAAACUCGAACGAUCUACUCCACUCCGAACUCCUUUUUGACGAAUACUUGGAUGGGGACAGGGCCAAGCUUGGACAACGUCGCCUUGUCCUUACCAACCCCUACACCAUCUUUAAGUCUACCUCGGGGGGCCCCAGCACCAUCUCCUCAAGUCACUUCCAUACCAACAUCUUCUCAAAGAGCUCGCCUUUCAGUCCCUUCCGCUCAAAACCUCCUACAUGGCCGGGGGACGAAUCUUGAUCUGUCUUCACCCUUUUCGGCCAACACCCCUCCAUAUCCGCCAACAUUCAACGACCCGAAUAUAAACCUGGGAUCUUUUGUCGGGCCUGGGCCUCCACGACGACCGCGAAUUGCACCCGAUCUUGAUGCCCUAUUUGACGAACUGGCGUCUCUGGAUGGCACUGAAAAGCGAGUUCUCCCUCCUCUUUGCGGGGAUCAUCAGCCCGAAUUCAUGCAGAACCUGGGUUUUAUUCCUGAUGCUGGCAUCUCCGAGCUCUACUCGUAUUCCAGUCAGAUGGAACCUUUUCUGCUGGCACAAACCCAGCAACUUCCAGAGGCUGCAACAGUGAUCCGGUCGGAAUCACACCGAACGAACAAGGGGAAUGCCUACGAGCGAUGA